AUGCGAAACAAAAGUCACAUAGAGAAGAGACCAGGGUCUCCUACAGGGAGCUGUGUGUCCAUGAGGAGUGACAAGUCAAUGGAUGAGCCACUCAGGUUCAAAGGGCCAGGACCUACAUCUGACCAAUGUCGCAUUAAGCAGAGACCAGAGUCUCCUACAGAGAGCUGUGUGUCCAUGAGCGAUGAGCCACUCAGGUUCAAAGGGGCGGGACCUGCAUCUGACCAAAGUGCCAUGGAGCAGAGACCAGGGUCUCCUACAGGGAGCUGUGUGUCCAUGAGGAGUGACAAAUCAAAGGACGAGCCACUCAGGUUCAAAGGGGCGGGACCUACACCUGACCAAAGUCACAUGGAGCAGAGACCAGGGUCUCCUACAGGCAGCUGUGUGUCCAUGAGGAGUGACCAAUCAAAGGAUGAGCCACUCAGAUUUAAAGGGGCGGGACCUACACCUGAACAAAGUGCCAUGGAGCAGAGACCAGGGUCUCCUACAGAGAGCUGUGUGUCCAUGAGGAGUGACAAAUCAAAGGACGAGCCACUCAGGUUCAAAGGGGCGGGACCUACACCUGACCAAAGUCGCAUGGAGCAGAGACCAGGGUCUCCUACAGGGAGCUGUGUGUCCAUGAGGAGUGACAAAUCAAAGGAUGAGCCCCUCAGGUUCAAAGGAGCGGGACCUACACCUUACCAAAGAGAUCAAAAGAGGAGACAUAAACAAGACUCCAGUGGUCAGGACAAGCAACAAGAUUUACCUCAUAUCUUUGAGGUGCUCGAGGAGAAGAUCAUCAUCUUUUUAAAGACUGAGCUGCAGAGAUUGAAGCAGAUUCUUAGUCCAAACUACGGGGAAAACAUUGAGAAUAAAGCAGAGGAUGAGAGUGAUGCCAGAGAAGGAGUUCUCCAGAUGGCACUGCACUUUCUCCGUAAGAUGGAGCACCAGGACCUUGCUGAUGAACUGAUUGACAAUGAGAUGAAUGUAGGUUGUCAGAAGGAUUUAAAAAGAAAUCUCAAGAACAAGUACCAGAGUGUGUUCGAAGGGAUAGCCAAACAGGGAAGUUCUGUUCUGCUGGAAAAAAUCUACACAGAUCUCUACAUCACUGAGGGAGAAAGUGAGAAAGUCAAUGAGGAGCAUGAGGUCAGGCAGAUUGAGUACAGAUCCAAGAAACCAGCUGGACAGGACAGACCAAUCAAAUGUGCUGACAUCUUCAAGCCUUCAUCAAUUCAGAACAAACCAAUCAGAAGAGUUCUCACAAAGGGGGUGGCUGGCAUCGGCAAAACUAUAUCUGUGCAAAAGUAUGUCCUGGACUGGGCUGAGGGAAAUGACAACCAAGAGAUCAAGUUCAUCUUUCCACUGUGCUUUCGGGAGCUCAACAUCAUGAGAGAAAACAAGUACUCUUUAAUGGAUCUUCUUCACCACUUCUUUCCAGAGCUAAAGGAAUUCACACUUGUCUGCCAGAAAAAGUAUCAAGUGCUGUUUGUCCUUGAUGGUCUGGAUGAGUGUCGACUUCAACUUGAAUUUCAGGGAAAUGAGAGUUUGACUGACAUGAGAGCUGUCAAAUCAUUGGAUGUCAUCUUGACAAAUCUCAUCAAGGGUAAUCUGUUCCCCUCUGCUCUACUGUGGAUAACCUCUCGACCAGCAGCAGCCGGAAGAAUCCCUCCUGAGUGUGUUGACCUGGUGACAGAAGUGCAAGGGUUCAAUGACUCCCAAAAGGAAGAGUAUUUCAGGAAGAGGAUCAGUGAUGAAAGUUGUGCAAGAAAAAUCAUUUCACACAUUAAAUCAUCCAGGAGCCUCCACAUCAUGUGCCACAUACCCGUUUUCUGCUGGAUUGCUGCUAUGGUUCUUCAGAUGAUUUAUUCCACAGGACACAUACAAGUACCAAAGACUUUGACAGAGAUGUACACAUUUUUCCUCAUGUUUCAAACCAGACAGAGAAGCGCCAAAUUUGACAAUCUGCAAGACCCUGAGCCACAAUGGAACCAUGAGCUAAUCCUGCGUCUUGGAAAGCUGGCCUAUGAACAGUUAGAGAAGGGCAACCUGAUAUUUUAUGAAGAAGACCUCAGAGAAUGUGACAUUGAUGUCAAAGAGGCAACAGUAUGCUCUGGGAUGUGCACCCAGAUCUUCAGAGAGGAAUCCGGCAUCUUUGUAGGGACAGUAUUUUGCUUUGUACACCUCAGUAUCCAGGAGUAUCUUGCUGCUCUGUAUGCAUUUGUGAUGAUGGCGAAUGAAGGUAAUGACAUAAUAUCCCCACAUCAUGCCCAUCAAAAAACAGAGUCCAUGACCAUCUUGCAGAAGAGUGCUGUGGACAAAGCUUUGAUCUAUGACGAUGGACGCUUUGACCUCUUCCUUCGCUUCCUUCUUGGACUCUCUCUGGAGUCCAAUCAAACUCUCCUGCGUGGUCUGGUGAGUAGAAGACAAGUGGGUGUAAUGGACAAAAUCAGGACAGUUUUUGUCCGGGCUGGCAAUGAUAAAACAAUCAGGUACAUUAAGAACAAGAUCAGGGAGGCCCCGUCCCCAGAAAGGAUGAUCAACCUCUUCCACUGUUUGAAUGAACUCAAUGACCACUCCUUAGUGGAGCAGAUCCAGAGCUACCUUAGUGCAGGAAAACUUUCAAAGGCCAAGCUCUCACCUGGCCAGUGGUCAGCUCUAGUGUUUGUACUCGUGUCAUCAGACCAGAAUCUGGAUGUGUUUGACCUGAAGAAGUUCAUCAGGUCUGAUGAAGCUCUCCUGAGGCUAAAGCCAGUAGUGGAGGAAUCCCACACAACCCUGCUUGAUAGCUGUGGGCUCACCUCACAGAGCUGCACAACACUAGCGUCCAUCCUCUGCAAAGAAUCAUCAAAGCUCAGAAAACUGGAUAUCAGUGACAACUGCAUCAGAGAUAUUGGAGUCAAGAAUCUGUGCAGUGGCCUGAAGAACCCUAACUGUGCCCUGGAGACUCUGAGGUUGUCAGGCUGUAGUGUAACAGGAGAAGGAUAUGCUGCUCUGGCUGCAGCUCUCAAAUCAAACCCUUCACACCUGGAGGAGCUGGACCUGAGAGGAAACGACCCUGGAGACUCUGGAGUGGAGCUCCUCACUUCAGCACUGACCAAUCAGAAAUGCAAACUCAGGUUGUUGUCUGAUGGAGCAGAGAAAGUCUGUGAGAAUCUGACUUCAGUUCUGGGUGGAAACCCCUUACUCCUGACAGAGCUGGACCUGAGAGGGAAGAUACCAGGAGACUCAGGAGUGAAGCAGCUCUGUGCUCUACUGGAGGAUUCACACUGCAGAGUCAAGACACUGAACUUGUCACACUGUGGAGUAACAGGAGAAGGAUAUGCUGCUCUGACCUCAGCUCUCAAAUCAAACCCUUCACACCUGGAGGAGCUGGACCUGAGAGGAAACGACCCUGGAAACUAUGGAGUGGAGCUCCUCACUUCAGCACUGACCAAUCUGAAAUGCAAAAUCAGGUUGUUGUCUGAUGAAGCAGAGAGAGCCUGUGAGUACCUGACUUCGGUUGUCGGUGAAAACCCCUUACUCGUGACAGAGCUGAACCUGGAUGGGAAGAUACCAGGAGACUCAGGAGUGAAGCAGCUCUGUGCUCUACUGGAGGAUUCACACUGCAGAGUCAAGAAACUGAGGCUAUAUGCAUGA